UCGCCAUCUAUACAAAAGCAGCGCAAACUACUCAAUAACUUACCGAUCGAUUUUCCAAAACUGGGAAUACUGGCAUUAUCUAUCGGCAACCACUGAAAGUUAUGCGACAACAUACGAUUGUUAUACCAACUGUGUUCUUUGCAUGCAGAUCUAUACCGCAAUUCACCAGAGUCCAUAACUGCGAAAAGACCAGUUUUCGUUCUUCACGCAUCUCUAGUGCGCAUCUUCACCCUGAUUGGCGAUAUUCCCAAACGAAGUGGAAAGCGAUUAGUAGAGAGCUCGCUGCGUUCCCCCACCAUCUUCCAACCUGCGCGUUACAGUUAUGGACUCUGGUGACCUGCGGUAUACCUAACUUUGGGGCUUCUGGAACCCCUAAAAUCGUGAUCUCUCAAGAAAUGUCCAGUUGUUUUUGAAUCUGUAGUCACUGAUUGCAUUAAACAUCGUUACUAUGGUAAUGCUAAAUAUACAAACUUGGAAAUUAAUAAAAAUACAUACGUAUGCGCGAUCAAACGCACGCGCGUAUACUUUUCGUAGAUUUAAAUAUAUUAAAUAGAUCUGCGAUGAAUUUGUGGUAUAAAAUCAAUCAAGAUCGUUUUACGUUUAAGUAUUUCGAUCAGUCUUGAUCAGAUGAUCACUGUUUUUUAAAAUGUAAAGUAUGACAAUGACUAAUUAUGAAGGUAGUACUGAACAACAAAAAAAGAAGCACAGUUGUAGAAGAACAUCGCUUAUAAACAGUAGUUUGGAGACACCUUGCAGACCAGUUUAUUGUCGCAGGCGCAUUUCCAAAGCAAAACAUACACUUAAAUCUCAUGUAUCGCAUAAAGAUCCAUCAGAUUAUAACAUAGGUGAUACAAAUGAUAAUGAUGAUAAUGUAUGUUCAAUGAACAAAAAACAUGAUUGUGAAAGAAAUAAGAAAUCACAUGAGAAAAGUCAUAAACAAUCAUUUGAUGAAGAUGAUGUUGAAUCAGGUACUGUAUCAUCAAGAAUAAAAACCAAACAUCCUUCUAAAGAUUCCUUGAGAAUAGCCAAUGAGUAUCACAAAUUAGAAAAACGUUAUAAACAUAUUGAAGAAGAAUGUAAAAAAUUAGGUAGCAUAUUAGAGCAAAGAGAAACAGAAUAUAAAGGAAUAUGUUCACACUAUGAAACUUUAGUCCAUGUAGUACAAGAACUAGAAGAGGCAAAAGUUGAUUUAACAAAACACAAUGAAAAACUUGAAGCAGAGAAAGUUCAGUUAAACGAAGAUAUAUUGCUUUUAAAAAACAUUGUCUACCAAUUGAAUACUGAAUUGGAAAGAUAUCAAGACAAAUUAAGAGAUCAAAAACUUGAAAUCAAUUCUGCACACAUAGAAAGCAGUGAAAAGGAAGAGAAGUACAAUCAGAGAAUUUGGGGUAGUAUUAAUUUUCAUGCAUUAGGUCCACUUUUGAAUGCCUAUCAAGAAAAUUUGUCGGAAAAACGAGAACUUUUACGCAUGUACGAACAGGAGAUGGCUGAUUUUGGUAAUAGAUGUAAGGAAGUUCUUACAGAGAAUGAACUUAUGCACAAAGAAGUACAAGAAUUAAGGUCAGAAUGCGAUAGGUAUGCAAAGGAAAUUGCGACAUUAGUUGAAAACACUGCAUCUUUAAAAAAACAAAACGAUAUUUUGGAAAAGGAUACCGGAAGUUUAAAAAGGGAAACUGCCGAAGUUCGUUCGGCGUAUGAAUUAAAGAUGGGAAUAAUUUUAAAACGUAAUGAUGUACUUAGGAAAGAAAAUAUGACCUGCGUAUCAGAAUUAAGUAAUCUUCGCGGAAAAUAUGAAAUUUUAAGCAAAGAAUUUGAGAAACUAAAAAGUAAAGAGGAUCAAACAAUACCUACGAGCAUUCACACUGCCGCUGUCGAAGAAUGUAAAAAAUUACUAGAUGAAUUAAAAUACCGAUAUGAAAAUGAAAAACGUAAUCUUUCCAAUCAUAUAAAACGUAUGGAAGAGAAUCAACCAGAGAAUGAGAAAGAACUCGUAAUGGCCAUAGCCGAAAGAAAUCAUUUGAAAGGUCUUGUUGAAAACCUUGAGAAAAAUUUGAAGCGUACCCAACGUAAACUCGAACACGUGCAAGGUCUUGUAUAUUCAACUCGGAUUUCACGUGAUUCUCUGAAAGGGCAAUUAAGUAAGGCGACGGCUUAUUGCGAAGAAUUGUUUUCCGAAUAUGAAAGAAUCGUGGCAGAAAGAGAAAAACUAUUAGCUAUCCUGCGCGAAACGGAACAAGAAAAUGCAAAUAUUGAUCGCCUUGGGAAAAGCAUUACUAGUCGAGUGAAUGAUUUAAAAAAUCAAUUAGAAAUUGUCCGAAAAGGUGCGAGACAGCAAGUAGAAUCAGCCGAAAAGCGAAUAAAAUUACAGGAACUUCGUGUUCAGCGAAUGAAACGUAUUUGUCGGCAUAAAGUACAGCAUUUAAGCGAUAUAAUUAAACAGAAGGAAGACAUUAUUGGAAUGUUACAAAAAGAAAAGCACGGUAAUAAAAAUUCAACGCGACAUGAACUUCAAACAGCGAGUAAUAACGUAUCUAAAACAGCUAGACCAAAUAAUACAUGAUCGCGAAAACAAGUUGGAAAACAUCAGCAUAUUGUUAAACUCAUGAUAAGAUCAUCUAUGAUACAUUGGACUUUGAAAUUGAUAUUCAACGAAUCUCUUAAUAAACAUCUAAUUAUGGAAUAGGUGUUACUCGAAACAUCGUCCUCGUAUUUACCGACCGUGUCAGUUGCUUUAUUUAGCGGUGACAUCAAAUGAAGCAAGUGGCUGCGAAGGCUACCGUUUGCCGCUAUAUGAAUGGCCGAUGGCAGUGGAGACUAAUCUCUUAGUGAAAAAGUUGAUGUCAUCCGUUAUAGUUUCCUCUACUCCCUUCGCAAUUGUUAUGAAUAGAAAUUCUUAUCAAAGGAGGAAGAAAGUUUAUUCAAAAUAAAAGUGAAGAGAGAAAGAAACAAUUAGAUAAUACGUAAUCAAGGAAAAGCCAAGUAUUGGAUUGGGUCAAUCCGCGGAGCGCAGGGCGAUAGAGAGAGAGAGAGCCACAGUGUGGCGUUGCGAAUCAGGGCAGCUGCCGAUUCACUCGAGUUCGGGGACGGUCGAUGGACUUCGGGCGAAUUCGUCAAAAGCAAAAUGUCGUCUGCUAGGCGCGUCGUCAGGAACCGGGUCGUAUUUCUAACUCGAAUGUUGCUAUGAUAAGUGAUAAUGCGAUGUCUCUACGUACGAGUAUAUAGUGUUUUUUAUUGGAAGGUGUAUGAAAAAACACAAAAGGAUAUCCUUCGAAUUUGGUUGCCUCGUUGCCGACAAAGAAGUUCAACGAGAGUACCGGUGAACAUUGAUUUUUCCUGCUUUCGCAUUCUACUCGACAGAUGAUCCAAACGAAUGUUUCCAAAGGGGAACGACGUAGACACCAGCGAGGGCGGUGAAAUUAGACUAGGAUGUUUUGUCAAGUAAUCUACCGAAGAAUCAUCGGGAUCGUGACCCAAAGGUCUUAAGACGUACAGCAACAAUAACAACGAGGAGAAUCUCCGAGGCCGUGUCUUGAGAGGUCGAGCCUGACCUAACCGUUUGAGCCAAAUCUAACCUGACCUAAGCGCCGCGGACGACGAAGAUGCGAAGCAUCGUCUGAUUAUCGGCGUGCAGAGGAAGCACGUUGCGUUUGUUACUAGAAAAGUGAUAUCCAUCGCUGUUGGUCGUUAAGUCAUCGUCGGGGCAUCGUCAAAAGAACGCCAUACAUUGUACGCUUUCCCUUGUUCGUCGUCUCUACGCCACCACCUCCCUCUUCCUUCCGUUACGGCGUGCAGUUCGUGCACUUCUACGCAGCGGUACACUGUACUCGACCCAACAGCGGCGUACAAGUAAAUAAACGCGCGGCAAUGGUGGAUUCGAGUUCCACGUGCUUUUCAUUCAACAAAACUAUUUUCAACUAGAACGGGUUAUUUUAAAAGAGAAGCAUACGCAUAAGGGAGGAAAGAGAGAGAGUAGAAACGAAGAGGAUGUCGUAUCUAAUAUCGCGUGCAAAGUUGCCAGCUGCCUGCUGUCGAUAACUACGGUGCGCUAUUCGCUGCUGGUGGACGCUAUUGAGCGAAGACGACGUAACACACGGUUCACUUGUGUGUCGCGGUUGUGAAAUUGUCUAGUGGUUGUGAAAACAGUGCCAAGCGAGGAGUUGCACGAAUAUGGUGUAAAAGAGAAAAAAAAA